GACGGCGGCUGCGGCUCGCCGGGCGGAACUUUCCAGAACACUCGGUAAGAGGUGGAGGAGCGGCGGCUUUCCGAGCUGCGCGCAGUAACGCGCCCUUUGCAGCUCCUCCACACCUGUCUCGGCCCGCUCACCGGCUGUCAAAAAUGGUGAAAGAAACCACUUACUAUGAUGUUUUGGGGGUCAAACCCAAUGCCACCCAGGAAGAAUUGAAAAAGGCUUACAGGAAGCUGGCCUUGAAGUACCACCCUGAUAAGAAUCCAAAUGAAGGAGAGAAGUUUAAACAGAUUUCUCAAGCUUACGAAGUGCUCUCUGAUGCAAAGAAAAGGGAAUUAUAUGACAAAGGAGGAGAACAAGCAAUUAAAGAAGGUGGAGCAGGUGGUGGUUUUGGCUCCCCUAUGGACAUCUUUGAUAUGUUUUUUGGAGGAGGAGGAAGGAUGCAGAGAGAAAGAAGAGGUAAAAAUGUUGUGCAUCAGCUCUCAGUAACCUUAGAAGAUUUAUAUAAUGGUGCAACAAGAAAACUAGCUCUGCAAAAGAAUGUGAUUUGUGACAAAUGUGAAGGCCGAGGUGGAAAGAAAGGAGCAGUAGAGUGCUGUCCCAAUUGCCGAGGUACUGGAAUGCAAAUAAGAAUUCAUCAGAUAGGACCGGGAAUGGUUCAGCAAAUUCAGUCUGUGUGCAUGGAGUGCCAGGGCCAUGGGGAACGGAUCAGUCCUAAAGACAGAUGUAAAAGCUGCAAUGGAAGGAAGAUAGUUCGAGAGAAGAAGAUUCUAGAAGUUCAUAUUGAUAAAGGUAUGAAAGAUGGCCAGAAGAUAACAUUCCAUGGUGAAGGAGACCAAGAACCAGGACUGGAGCCAGGAGAUAUUAUCAUUGUUCUAGAUCAGAAGGACCAUGUUGUUUUCACUCGACGAGGAGAAGACCUUUUCAUGUGUAUGGACAUACAGCUGGUUGAAGCAUUGUGUGGCUUCCAGAAGCCAAUAGCUACUCUUGACAAUCGGACCAUAGUCAUCACCUCUCAUCCAGGUCAGAUUGUCAAGCAUGGAGAUAUCAAGUGUGUGCUAAACGAAGGCAUGCCAAUUUAUCGUAGACCAUAUGAAAAGGGUCGCCUAAUCAUCGAAUUUAAGGUAAACUUUCCUGAGAAUGGCUUUCUCUCUCCUGAUAAACUCUCUUUGCUAGAAAAACUCUUACCUGAAAGGAAGGAAGUAGAAGAGACUGAUGAAAUGGACCAGGUAGAACUGGUGGACUUUGAUCCGAAUCAAGAAAGACGGCGCCAUUACAAUGGAGAAGCGUAUGAGGAUGAUGAACAUCAUCCUAGGGGUGGUGUUCAGUGUCAGACCUCUUAAUGGGGCCAGUGAAUAACACUCACUCCUGGCAUUUUAUAUACAGUAGUGAACGAGUGAAGGACUGUAAUCAUAGUAUGCUCACUACUUGCUAUUGUUUUUGUUUUAAUAUUCAACUAUAGUAGUGUUUUAAAAGUUAAAUGAAGAAUAAACUCAAAUAUAAAAGCUCUGACUUUGCCCUGUAUGUAUGAUGACUUAAGUGUGCAAGAUAAGUUCAAUACCUGUAAAAAGUGACUUAAAAAAUUUUUCCCCUAGCAUUUGUUAGGCUGUACUUUUUAAUUGUCAGCUGUGUACCUGGAAUAGCUUAGACUGAAAUGCUAGGUAUGUGUAUUGACUUUGGUGUAUGAUUCUUAAUUGUUAAGCUAUGAAGUUAAAAUUCUGUAUUUAACUGGCAAAGGACUUAAUUUGUAGAGAAGUGUUAGUUUGUAUAGUUGUAUUAAGUGGGAUUCAUUGUGAUGUCUCUGCAUUUAUUCUAUUGCUUCAACUGUUACUUGAAGAUGGCAUGCCAUAUAAUUUAACCUGUGGUAUCAGUGAUAGAAAAGAUACUUUUCUAAAGAAGAGGUUUAUCAUAAUAAGCUGCUUCUUGAGGGCUUGCGCUUGUAGAAUUGCAUUCCCUUCUGCGAUGCCAUUUUUUUUUAAAUAUAUAUAUAACCAUAUAUCAAUCCUUGGUUACAUUUUUUUCCUUCUCUUUGGACCAUAAGCCUUAGAGUAGUGGCUUCUGGAGCAGGCUAACUUAGAAGUUGAGUGAUGAGACCUUUACCUGGAGAAGUAAUUUGCAUGUAUGAAAUAGGAAGGUGUUUUAGGUAUGUUACAGGCUUACUUCAAACCAUUUAACUUAUGCUCCAAAGUAACUGUAAUUUAAUGUUGGUAGUGUAGCAAAUUAUGAAUAGUUUUAAUUGUAUGUUUAAAAAUCAUAUGUUCACAAGCUUAAAUCUGGGUAUCAGAAUUUAAGCAAUUGAAAUGUAUGAAUUGGCUCCUUAAUAUACUGAUUACAAAGCAUUUCCAGUGUGUCACUACAGGCUUUUUUUACCCAGAAGAAAGCAUUAGCUUUUUACUAAUGGAGAUCGGUAACUUUAACUGUAUAUAGUUAAAUGUUUUCUUUUAAACGGGUGGAGAGUAAAAAGUAUCAGUCAUGAGGGAAAUGCAAAUCAAAAUCAGAGAGCUACUAAACAUCAAGUAAUCAAAAAUCUAAUUCAAAAUGAAAGCAAGUAAGAAUGGAGAAGUUGGCACCCUGUACAUUGCUGGUGGAAAUGUAAAAUGGUACACCUCUAUGGAAAAGUUGGACAGGUCUUGAAAAAGCCAAACAUGGAAUUAUGAGAUGACCCAGUAAUUACACUCCUUGACUCAGAUACUUGGCAUGGGAGUGUUUAUUCUAGCUUUAUUCACAGUAGCCAAAGGGAAAACAUGUGUCCAACAGAGAUGAGGUACAUAGUAUACAGGGGUUAGCAGAAGUGGGUUUACAGUUGUGAGUACUACACAAAACAGUUUUUUUUUAUUUGUAUUUUUCAUGUGAACAACUAAACCUUUUCCCCACCCUACAUACGACACACAAAAGGACAGAUACUAUAUGCUUCUGGCUAUGUGAAAUAUCUAGGCAGAUUUAGAGAGAUUACCAGGGGCCUAGGGGAGAAAGGAAUAAAGAGUUCGAGUUUGCCCUGGCCAGUUUGGCUCAGCAAUUGAGUGUCGAUCUGCGGACCAGAGAGUCCUGGGUUCAGUUCCCGCUAGGGGCACGUACCACCAAAAAAAAAAAAAGUUUGAGCUUAAUUGUUUCUGGAGCAGUGCAAAAGUUUUGGAAAUUGUCCUGGCUGGUUUUGCUUAGUGGUUAGAGCAUCGGCACACGAACCAAUAAGUCACG